ACCGUUUCUCUAUCGAAGAUAAACAACAACACAUCAUCAUCCCAUCAUGCUUAUGAACGAACCGUCUCCAUCACCUUUCGACUAAAGUUGCACCCUUAGCAGCCGGAAACCCACCCCGCAUGAGGCUACAGUGAGGCUUACACGAUUGCCCUGCCCACUGAAUGCGUCAAUCUUCCAUUUCUAGCGCCAGUCAGCCCGAUCCAGGCGCCGUGCCGCCGCGUCGAGCCGACAAACUGUCCGACCUCGACAACACUGCCGCCGCCGACACCAAGCCCCACGCUCUCGCGCACGAAGUAUCGAAUUCCUAGGUUUCCGUUGCGCCGAGGCGACGGAGGAGGAUUUGCCUACGUCGUUCGCAAAAUGGCCGACUCUAUCGACCGAGUCUUUGUCCAUGCCCUCAAUACAGUCAAGAAGAUCCCCAAGACGGGGGCCGCCCGGCCGCCGCCGUCGGACCGCAUGCGGCUCUAUGGGCUCUACAAGCAGGCGAUGGAGGGCGACGUGGACGGCGUGAUGGAGCGGCCCUCGACGGCAGGGUCGGGCCUCGGCAUAGGCGGCAGCAGCAGCACCCGCGACGAGAUCGCCCGCGAGCAGGACAAGUGGGACGCGUGGAACUCGCAGAAGGGCCUCAGCCGCACCGAGGCCAAGCGACGCUACGUCGAGGCGCUCAUCGAGACGAUGCACAAGUACGCAAACACGCCCAACGCCCUCGAGCUCGUGGCCGAGCUUGAGUUUGUCUGGAACCAGGUCAAGAGCAAUAGCCCCAGCUCGUCCGGCGAAGAGUCAUCCUCGUCGGCCCAUAGCAGGGGCGGCGGGGGCGGCGACGGCUCCGGGAUAGGCAUCCGCCGAUUCCAGCAGGCGCAGAGUGGCGCCGACGGUCCCAUGAAAGUCCUGAGCCCGAUGAGCGAGGAGGAUGCGUCGGAGCAGCGCCUGAUGGAGGUGGCCGAGCUGGAAGGCGACGAGAUCCCCGACGACUACGCUCGGAGGAACGACAAGCGGUCCAAGAGGAUGGAGCGCGCCAUAGUAAGGCUCUCGGCAGAAAUCGCCGCGCUGCGCGAGCAGAUCGCUACGGGCCGCGAGUGGAGGUCCCGCAAGGAGCGCAGCUUGGCUGCCUGGCUCGAAUGGGGCAUGUGGCUGGUCACAAAACACUUCGUCGCCGACUUCAUCGUCCUCGCCGUCAUCCUCCUCUGGAUGCGGAAGCGAAAGGACAGGAGGCUAGAGGACUACGCCCGAGGAACCGCGAGACUCAUUCGGGAGUACUUGAGGAAAAUCUUGCCGUCGCGAUGAGCCCAGAUCUGUUCGUCACAUCUUGGUUGUUGAUA